UAGUGAUCUGUGUGUUGACGCCGCGCUUCCCUUCGCUCCUUCGCCAUUACACAAUAAAUUUGUAAACAAAUAGAUAAAAUAGAGAUUUUGUGUGUUUUUCGUCUUUCCUUGCUUCGUUGUUAACUCGAAUAUUGGCCUCGCGUUACGGCGGUCGUUUCAGUGUUACGCGAUUUGUAAUAAACUUCUCGAUUUUCGUGAAAAAGGGAAGUGGUUUUGUUUACGGAUCUUAUUUUCCAAGUGAUAUCGUUUUCUAACCUAACUCUUAAUGCUUACCAUAUCUCGGUAAAAUUCAAAUUGUAACUUAACUAGCUUAAUAAUUCUAGUAGUUUCGGUUGUUCUUCUCGUAGAUUUAGAUUCUGAUAUUUUUAUGUGUGUAGUGAAUUUUGCUGAAAUAGUUCGGUGAUCGGUAAAUUGUUUUUUGAGUGAGUUGUGUCUAGUGGUCAAGCGAGGAUUAUACUUUGGCUGACUUCCACUUCUUGGGGAUAUUCGUGUAAGACGAGGGAGAGCGGUCUCGCGCGUUUCAGAGGAAGUCGGUCGAAAAAUGGACGCGAAUUUAGUUGAAGUGUGACGACUUUGAAUCGCGCCCUGUGUUAGCCCGUGAUGGCUGCCGCUCCAGUCUUCGGGGCCUCUCUAUGUCUGACCGUCUUACUCUCCCUCACGCUCGCAGCCUGGCAGGAAAACGCCCGACCCAAAAUCUCCGUCCAACUAGGCGGUGACUCGCAAGAUGUGCACCGGUUUGCGGGCAACGAGACACAUCCAGAUUUCUUUAGGCUCAUAGUCCGAGAUGGAAACUCAAUAUUAGUCGGUGGAAGGAAUCUAGUACACAAUUUAAGUUUAGCUGAUCUUUCAGAGAACCAGAGGCUGGUCUGGUACUCACCCGAUGACGCCAUCAAAAUUUGCGUCGUCAAAGGGAAAGACGAGGAAAACUGUCAAAAUUAUAUUAGAAUCAUAUCAAGGACCGGAAACGGGCACCUCCUAGUAUGCGGAACGAAUUCGUUCAAACCUCUCUGUCGGGAGUAUACCGUUCAGACGGGUUCCUAUACUUUAGAGAAAGAAAAACCGGGGCAAGCAAUGUGCCCUUACGAUCCAAAACACAACAGCACAGCUGUAUAUGUCGACAACGACUUAUACACGGGGACUGUCGCUGACUUUUCUGGGAUGGAUCACAUCAUCUACAGGGAGCCCCUUCAAACGGAGCAAUACGACUCGAUGAGCUUAAAUGCUCCCAAUUUUGUGAACUCCAUGUCGCAUGGAGAUUUCGUCUACUUCUUCUUCAGGGAAACUGCCGUAGAAUACAUCAAUUGUGGCAAGGCUGUGUACUCGAGAGUAGCGAGGGUCUGCAAAUAUGACCGCGGUGGCCCACACAGAUUCCGGAACAGGUGGACAUCGUUCCUGAAGUCACGGCUAAACUGCUCUGUUCACGGUGACUUCCCGUUCUACUUCAACGAAAUCCAAUCGACGAGUGACCUCAUCGAAGGGACUUACGGAGGAUCGAAAACGCAACUCAUCUACGGAGUCUUCACGACGCCAGCCAACAGCAUUAGCGGGUCAGCGGUUUGCGCCUUCUCCCUCCAAGACAUCACGGACACUUUCGAGGGCAGCUUCAAAGAACAGUCAGAGCUCAACUCCAAUUGGCUCCCCGUCCAGAGUGGCAAGGUCCCAGAUCCAAGGCCUGGUCAGUGUGUAAACGACUCAAGAACUCUUCCUGACUUAACUUUAAAUUUUAUCAAAACCCAUUCUUUGAUGGACGAAUCGGUGCCAGCAUACUUCGGACAACCUCUUGUGAUUCGCACUAGUUUCCACUACCGCUUCACAAUGAUUGCAGUUGACCCACAGAUCAAAGUGCCAGGCGGAAAAGCUUAUGAUGUAUUAUUUAUUGGCACAGACAAUGGGAAAGUACUGAAAGCUGUAAAUGCAGACUCAGCAGACUCCUCAGAAAAAGUCAGUCCAGUGGUCAUUGAGGAAUUACAAGUUUUUCCGCCCAAUGUACCCAUCCGCAAUUUACGAGUAGCACACAUGGAUAACUCUCAAGACGGUCGCUUGAUAGUUGUCUCAGACUCAGAAGUUUUGUCCCUUGCUCUUCACAGAUGCAAUAAUGAGAAAAUAAUCUCGUGCAGUGAAUGUGUGGCUCUACAAGAUCCAUAUUGUGCAUGGGAUAAACAAACCAGCAAAUGUCGGUCCAUUACUGCACCAAGAUGGAACGAUGAGAAAGUUUUUGCUCAGAGUAUUGCAACAGGUGUCCACCCUCAUUGUGCUGCUGCAAGCAAAAUCAACAAAGAUGCUGGCAAUGUCGGUGGUUUGUCCUCUAACUAUCCUCGUUUUGGCUCUGACAGUGGGUCAAAGAAAGAAAUUCCAGACGGAGAGGUCAUUAAUAUAACAGGUGACUCGGAAAGCUCCUCUUCUGGUGACGAACCCUCAGUGGUGGAUGCUCGCCCUCCUCACUACACUGUGGAGACCCUUACCUUAGCAAUUUUAACUGCUUCUCUGGCAGCCUUAGUCGUAGGUUUCACAUCAGGUUACCUGUGCGGUCGCAAGUGCCGAAAGGAUGAUGAUGACAAUUUACCAUACCCGGAUACUGAAUACGAGUACUUUGAACAGAGACAAAAUGUUAAUGCACGGUUAGCAGAGCCAAAGCUACUACCUCAAGAAGAGGUAACAUACGCUGAGCCAGUACUAGUAACGCCAAACAAGCCCUUGGGAUCUCCCAAACAAACAUUGCGAAAGCAACAAGAAAACAAUCUAUUCGCACAGCUUCAAAAUUCAGAUUAUUAUCCCCCUGCGCAUCCGCCGAGGCACCGAGACCAUUUUGCCACUCUUCGAUCGCAAAGAGAUCACUCGAAGAACGAUAAUAUGGGCUACCGAGAUGGAUUCGGAACGACGAGGAGUGUGAAGAAAGUCUAUCUCUGAGAAUCAGGUGGGGAGGGGGGCAGGAGAGCUAGGGGUGGCAGUCAUCACCCGCUGGCCACAUCCUCUCCUCCCUCUAGCUCUUCCCCCUCCCCACCGAGCUCAUCGCCCUCACCACCGCCCCCGGCGAGCUAUAUCUACCGCACCUGAGGGUGGUUGCUUAACCCGUCUGUAACACACAAAUUUUGGCUUCCAUGUCGAGUGGUACUCCUCUCUAAAAUCUCUGCGUGUGUUUCAAGAGAACAGUGGUUGAGUCUGAAAAUUUUAUUUUGUUUAGUCGUCAAUUUUUUGUGAAUACUGUUCCGUUGAAGUACGGUUAGCGCAGUAUCCUAUGAAUUAGCUGCGUUGAUUCAACCUUUAGAUGUAAGAGCCGCAAUGAUCUCUCCAGGGUUGGUCAAAUCCAUUUCCAGAUGAACUUUGAUAUAUCAAUUCGUCCUGUUUGACUCAAGCUCGACUAUUUUGUGGGAUUGGUAUUUUCAGUAAUACGGAAAACUAACUCCACCAAAAUUGUCUUAGUGCCGGACACUCAAAAAAGUGGUUUCAGCCCAUGUUAUUUUGUUUGAUAAGGCCUCAGGUGUAUAUUGAAAAUGGAAUUUUUGAAGCCAAAUCAGAACUUUUGAUUUUCUCUUUUCGUCCAUUCUCGAAAAGUUGAACUAUAUUGUGUAGUUACACAAGUAUCACAAAAGUUCUCUGCGUCAGGUUAUCUUGGAAAGAUAUCACGAAAAGAGGGGGGAAAUUUCAAAUAUUUUUUCUUAAUUUUCACAAGUGCCAAAUUUUGUCUAUUUUAUUUGAUAUUUUUAUCCAUGGAUUCACCAUUGUAAUUAUUAUUUUUCUUUUUUUCUCCUAGGAAGUUUGACAUUCCUUGUGUUCUACUCGUAGCAUUCAUAGAUUAUACAUUGUAUAUUAUGCAUAUAAUAUCCUGUAUCUGUAGUUUAACCAAGUAAGCAGUUCAAAAAUCUCAUAUUUUGAUUUGUUGAUGGUGCACCUCUUGCGUGUUUAUCAUCCAAGUGUCAAACUUUUUAAUUUCCUUUUUAUUUCAAAAUUACGCAUUACCAGUUUUGAGGGAAAUGUUGAAUUAGUAAUUUUAGUGAAAAAUGUAAAAUUAUGUUGUACAUACUCAAUUCAGAGACAAGAAAAAAAAGUUUUUCGACUGAUGAACAAGAUGUAGCAAGUUCAGUUUUCUUUGACGUUGUUUCGGUUAUGUGUUUGAAUGUUUUCAAGACUGUUAUCCUAGUCAUUUCGUUCAAGCAGAAAUUGUUAUGCCUAGUUUAUGAAUGCUCAGACAGAGGUAGGUAUUGUUAUGUUGGCGAUCAAUCAAUUUGUUGAUGGAUCCCUUUUCACAUUGAAUCGAACUAAAGUACCUCAUCACCUUUUUAUGGAAAGUUUGAGUCGUUUAAGUCUACCUUAUACCAUAGAAGGCUCAUUUUUGUGGUUGUAUUUGUGAAAGUUUGCCAGUAUCAACAAAUUCUGCUUUUAUCAAUGCAGCACUCAAAAUUUUAUAUUCCGCUCAAAAGUCUUUUCUAUCACCUAGAUUCUGUGCCAAACGAGGGUAAGACUACCAAAACUUUUUUCUCUCAGAAGCAAAGUAUUAUCCAAAGUUCCGGUCUCUCUUAAAAGUUUCUCUGGCAUGUUCUCUUGCUUAAUUUCUUAACUUCCGUUAUCAUAACUUAUUGCUCUCAUCCUUCUUUUGUCAAGAAGACUUUCAUUGUCUCAUAUUUGAUUUUUACACUGUUCCUGAAGCUUGGUUCCCUGGAUAAAAAUCAGCCCAUUAAAACGGGUCAUCGAUGCUACUAUUGGGUGUUUCCAAUUAACAUUGAGAGGCAUCUUUGAGUUUUGUUUACCUUCAAUCACCAGUAGAAUAUCAAAAGUUAAUUAUUCGAUACUCUGUUUCACGAUUUAUGUUGAUCAGAAAGUAGCAGCGCCUCUUUAGUAGUAGCAGGAGCAAUACUCAAUAGUCGCAUUGAUGAUCCUUCUUGAUGAGCUUAUUUUAAUCAUAGAGACCAAGUUUUAGAUAGAUUUACUAACUUUUUUUAAUAAUUUCGCACCUCAAAAAAUAUGCUAGGAAUGUCUCUAAGGAUCCUUUUAAUCUUAAUGUUUGUACACUUAAUUUGUGAACGUAAAAUAUUUAUUUCAUUUUGGGAGUAUUUAUCCCUCAGAAGUCUUGGUAACCAGUGGGCAAGGAUCUAAGUAAAUCAAAUUAUUGAAAAAAUAAGUGACGUCUUUCCAGAAUGUAAGCUGCAAAAAGACAGGUAUCUCUAUGUUCCUAAUAUUUACUUUUGUUUAGAAUCAGUAUAAUCUCAACUGAAAGACUUCAAUUCAUGUAGGCAAUUAAUUCAUUUUCAUUGGGUUUUUAUCCGUUAGAUCGGAUUUUCUGCAAAAAUAACUCUCUGGCACAGUUCGAACAGGCAAGUAAUUGAUUGAUGAUUGAUGAUUAAUUAAUUUUUGAUGUUUAUGUAUCAGAAGGAAAAGCAAUAUUAGGUGGUCUAGAAUCAUUAAAUCGACAAUUUUCCUUCUUAUUUGCGAUUUCGCUGCUUUUGUAUGUUUUGCGGCAUUUUUCAAUGUGAUGCUUUAAGUCUUACCAUUUUAAAAUCUCAAUGAUUGACAAGUUAUAUAUAUUCGUUUUGAUAUCUUUAUACCUAUAUGAUGAACUUGAUGGAGUGUAAAAUAUUUGGAUAUCAGUUUUCAAUGUUAAAAAUCAAAAUUUCUUUGAAGUAAUCGAGUCUAUGUUUGUACCUCUGAUUCCUCCAUAUUUUUACAAAAAAUAUUUAAGUCAAUUAAUUUCUUUGAGGGAAGAACCACUGUUUGAUUUAUCUUAUUUAAAUUCUAUUUUUUGUCUGCCAGAAAUGUCUGCUUUUCUCUUUCUCAAGUCCAACUGUUGUUGUUUAGAGAAACCUAAUUCCAGCAGGUAAAAACUCUGCAUGGAAAAUUGUCUUCAGCAAAAUCAAAACAAUUUCAUAAUUUUUAUCUCACUUUAUUUUUUUAUUCUAAUCUGGUAUUUUAUGAAAUUGCUUUGUUUCAUUAUUUUUUCUCUCUCAGAUCAACUUUUUCUUUAUUUCAUUUCCAUAUUUCAGAAUCAAAAUACAUUGCAGCCCCUCUCAGUAAUUAUCUCUACUCUCAACACCCAUUAUUUUUUAUCUUAACAACAAUAUACUUAUAGCUUAACUUUUUUUUCAUGGAAAAUAAACAUCUGUUUGUUUUGUUCCAAAUGAAGAUGUAAAGAAUGUAUUCGUCCACAAAUCAAAUUUCUGCAGGGGUAUGAGAUUACCUCUGAAAAUCUGUUUUGCAUUUUUAAGCCUGAGAUUGGUUAUUUGAUGGAUGGUAAAUUUUGAGUUCUUCCUCCUAAGUUACUACUUCACUCUUGAAUUCAUUAGCAAUAAUAGCUCAUAUUUUAUAUAAAUGCUUGGUUCCAUUAAAAUGCAUAAUUUUUCCCCCAUUCUUUUAGGCUCCAACUUUAUUUAUUAGUCACAAAAUAUCAGGUAAAUUUAACUUAAACUAUAGGUUUCUAGGGUUGUUUAAACUAGAGUAAUUUUCUACUUUAACUACUAAUUGUAAAUUAUGUAAGCUCUAAUUGUUUCAUUUAAUUUUCAUUUUCCUUUUCAAAGUUUCUAUGCUUAAAUUACUUGGCCAUCCUAUUGCCUUUCUUACACAUAGUACUUCCUGAAUAUCGUUUGUAUUCAGAAAUGAAAUUCCCCUACAUCCAUAAUACUUAUGUAUAAAGUGAUCUCCUUAAACAGUAAUCGUAAUAUUUUUUAUUUCCAUAACUGGUUCUGGACUGGGCCAGAACACUGAUUGUAAGAUUCUAAUUACCCUCGAUUUCUGUCUUUCAUUUUCUUCAUUUGUUAAAGUAAGUUAUUGCUGUCACUUUAUUCAAGACUCAGACGGCAAAUCAAUGCUCGUUUCUGAAAAUAAACUAUAAUUGAGCUGUAAUCAAUUAAAAUUUAAUAACGAUUUCAAUUCCUUUUUUUUAAUGUAAAGAAAGAAAAUAUUCAAUGGAAGGAAAUAUUUUGAUUUUAACUUUGUGCGGAAAGUACCAUAUGUUUUGAUCAGUUAUAUCAUCAGACUAACCAAUCUACAUGCAUUCCUAUCUGAAGCAUCUAAGCUUUAGCUCUAUGAAAGAACAACCAGCAGACGUACAUCCAGGCUAGGGUAACCUAGUAUCAAAAUUGGGUACUCAUACGUCUUUUUAACUCAGAUUGUGGAACCAACGGACUUCUGGGAUUGCCGCAGAAGGAGUUGGCUCAGUUCACUUUGACCUACAUAAAACUUGUUCAUAGAGUGUAUUUAAAGUAUUAUUGAGGUAAUUUCUCAAAAACCUACAAUCUACCUUGGAGAAAAUUUGUGAAAUGGAAUUUUAGUGUAAUGAAAUGUCAACAAAAGCGAUUCAUCUCAGAAGAGUGAAUAUUGCGGUGACGCUCAUUAGAAUACAUUUAAUUUUGAAUUAGUCAUUUGCCGCCGUGUGAGUAUCCAUUUUAGUUACAGGUUACCAUUAUCUAACUUUUUUUUUGUGACCCAUCAUGAUCGCACAAUAUUUUCUCCAAUUUUUUCAUGGUGUUAAGAUCAGCCGAUUUUUUCCGGUAAUUAUUUUACUAAUAUUCAUCUAUCAGAGAUACGCAAGUGAUCAUUGUUGUUGCUUUUUCUCUUUGUAAAAUUGUGUAUAGUACAUUAAUUCGGAUAUUCUCAUAACUACUACCCAAAUAUGUAAUGUAUAUUAAAUUGAGACUGACAUAAUAAAGUUACAUAGGUAUUAUUUUCAUUUAUUUUUAUGUAUUAUAGCUAUUUCGUUUCUGUAUCUAUGGCAGAAUGUCCUCGAUCCCCAUUUUGAUUGGGAAGCAGGAAAUUGCCCUUGCAUAAUAUGUUGCAUAAUAUGUAAAAAUUGUUCCAUAUAUACGUAACUAGGCACGUGAUUAUUUUUGCUUGUUUGGUUUUUUUUUUUUUCUUUCUUUUCUUUUUUUAUUAUCUGUUACUGGCAGUUUUAUUCCUCUUACGUUUUCAAUGUUUCCCUUUUUUGUUAUUAGUUUUGCCCUUAAACUUUUUUACCAUUUCACCCCCUUCACUAUCCUGAUUGAUUUUCUUAUCAUGUUGUGGAAUGAUGGUGGGGAAUAUUUCAGUAGUUACUAUCUUUCUAACUCUCAUAAGGGAAUGAUGUUGAAGUUUAGGCUUGUGGGUAUUUUUAAAGAUUACGGAGGAUUAUGGGUCGAACAAAAAUCCCAAAGAAAUUAAAUCAUUUUUUUCUUUUCUUUUUAUUUAAUUUUCUUGUGCACUUUAUUCUUCUCUCACUGUGUUAACAGCACAAAAAAAACAAACAAUGAUGAAAUAAAAAAUGUACUAUAAUUUAGUCGCAGUUUCUAAAAGCAAUCUCAUUUAUUCCAACUUAUUUUAAAUCUCAUUCUUUUAAAUAUUUUGGUAAAGUUAAACUUAAAAUUAAAUGCUGGACUUGACAAAUCUUAUCUGAAUUUAUUAUUAAACCAAAGAUUUUCUAAUUCUUCUCUUGGCCGUUUCUUGACUCUUCUUUUCUUGCUUUGUUUCUUAUAUCUAGUCCCUCAAAUUUUGUUAUGAGUCAUAGAGCUUGUCUUGUUUUCGGAAGAAUAUGAUUUUCACUCGACUUUGAAGUCUUUAAACGUCUGUUUAUCAUUACUUGACUCCAAAUCAGUGGUCUAGUUUGAUUUGUAUGGUUUUUUUUCUUUUCUUUUUUAUUAUUUACUUUUUUCCUCAUUUCUAGCUUUAGAUUUUUCCAAAAUGAAUCAUUCGUUCUAGCUUGGAUAAAUUCAGUUUUCUUAGUUUUUCAGUAUCUGGAAAAAUGCAUAAGUAUGCUCCUCCUCCUUUCUCUUUAGUUUCAGUUUAAAAAAGUUGUGUAUGAUACCCAUGAGGUUCAUUUUGGGUGGACAACGAUAAAUUUUCAUCUGUUAUUCAGCUCUAAAAAAGUAAGUUUCCCCCUCACUUUUCUUUCCAGGGAGACUAGUAUUUGCAAGAGUUUUGUUUCACUUCUUUUUUCUUUUUUCUUUCAUCAUCAACCCUCACAGUGGUUAGAACAGAAUUACAAAUAAAAAGCUGUGUCUUAAGCUGCUAUAAUGGCAGUACUCUUUGAUUAUUUUUCUUCUCCUUUUUUCUUCUCUUGAUAACAAAUUUAUCUUGCGUCUUCAGCUUUAUUUUUUGUGUAGCCUUCACUUUUAUUCAUAAAUUUCUACAAUAAGUGUAAUUUUUUCCCAUGUGAGUGAGGUUCAUUUUUGAAAGCAGGACACUGAGAGAUAGAUAGAUAGCAAUUCUUUCUUCAUUUUACCAAUGCUUUGUGCUUCUUGACAAUUUUUUUUUUUUUUUUUUUUUUUUUUUUUUUUUUUUUUUUUUUUUUUAUCGAACGUAUGUUAGUUUUUACUUUUGCUUGUCAUGUUCUUUUGUUCCCUGAGCUUUCUUGAAGUUAUUGAUUUGAUCAAAUUUGAAGUUCUCAAGUAGAAGUGAUGAUCUUGAAUGGAACAUCCAUUGUUUUUACGUUACAAAACUUCAUUUGUUCGUUGAAAAUGAAAUGGAAGUGAAUGGCUCAUCCCAUUGCAUCCUGACCUAAACUGCUAUUUUCGAAUAAGUGUCUCUAUUUUCCUUAUGUAUGUGCGAUAGGAGAUUCUCACACUUUUUUCUCAUUUCAAAGAUUAGAUUGUUCAUUUACAUUUCUACUUUUUCUUCUGUCUUAUGAUUUCCAGCUUCAAUAAUCAAUUUUGAUGAACUUAUACAGAUAUGAAUGGUCUUGAGCAAAGUCUGUGCAAGUCUAAUCAAGAGAUUUAAACAUUGAACAAAUAGUCCUCAAACUUCACUAUUAUCCAUGAAUGAAGAAAUGUGGGAAAGAGAUGAUUUUAUCGGAAAUCAGUUUAGCAACUUGUAAUAAAUGAUAGUUGGCCUUAUCUGUAAAUAAAGGCAUUUUUAAUUUUUAAGAUUGUUCAAUGCGAUAAUAACAAUGGCGUUUUUACGGUAAAGGAACAUUUUUCCUCACCUUGUUUGAAAUGUACAUAUUUGUAAAAUUGCUGCUUUUUUUAGAGUUGUUCUUAUUUUUACCCAUUACCUACUUAAUUUUUUCAACCAAGCCUGGUCUUACACCUCGUUACAUUAUUCUUCCAUCGACUCGUAAGUAAAAACAAGUUUUUAUCGCACAUUUAUUUUUAGGAUUGUGAUUUGUAUAGUAUUUCUAGGUUUUUAAUGAAAUUUGUUUUGAAUUAGCUGUUAUAAAUAAUAUAGGCUUUGAAAUUCAUUUAACUCUUUGCAUAUGUCUAAAAACAAAAACUCUACCCUCCGGGCUUUUUCUUUUUAAUCCAACAUAAAUCUUGCACUGAUGUCAGCUUUCAUAGUGUUUCCAUAAAUUAAUUCAAAAGUUAUCCAAAAAUGACAUGUCUCAAAACAAUGUGAGACACAAAAAGUUGCAUUUUACUUCAUCAAUGUUUGAAUCAUAGACUUGGCUACUGCUGUUUGAAACUUAUAAACUUUUAGACUUGUCACAAUAUGAAGCCUUGUAUCGUUACCAAAUGAAUCAAAAACUUUAACCAUUAGCCGUGUUUCACUUAUCGGAAAUUCAUUGGUAAGUUUUGUUCAUAACAAAGCAAGAAAUCAGACAAAGAAUCAAAAUAAUUUGCAGCUUCAAAUCAAAGCCAUGGGUAUAUUUGAGUUCUCCCAUAUUACCAUAUAAAAUUACAGAGUAUGCCCACCAAUGCUCCCAGCGCAUUUAAGUAAGUUAUGUUUGUCCUGCCCGCUCAAUAAUUGCAUUUCAUUCGAGUCACACUACGCAUUCCGCUGUUUGAAAAUAUUCCUCAUAAUUUUCAAUUUCCUUUGAAUAAAAGAAGUGGGUGUUUCCCUUCAAACACUCCUGUGAAGAAACGGGUGUCGGCUCUUGUAAGUAAUAUCUAGUCUUGACCCACCAAAAUAUUUUUGUUGACAACAUGGUGCUCAGAGCCAUUCUUAAUGCUUUCCUGUUAAAUAAGUCGAAAAAGCAAGGGUUAUAAUAAUUUUUGAAAGACUCAUUGUAAAGUAACGAUGAGAUUAAAUUGUGUAAUAUUUCUUACCCUUAGUUUCCUCGCGAAAAGUUUCUUUGAAGAAGAAAGUGAACGAUUUUUCACAAUAAAAAUGUACACAAUUUUCUGUUUUUUGAGUAAUUUUUUUAAAUUUUUCAGGUAAAAUAGGUGUACAGCUUACGUCAACAUUAGCCAAUAUUUUUUUUCUCUCUUUCUUUUUUUUAUAUAAGCGGAUACUCUCAGCAAGUAUCCAUCAUAGCAUUGUCUUUUUUCAUAAUUUGUAUCAUUACCUUGUUUCAGGAAUUCUAUUAUUUUUACUCUAUGAAAUUAAUACUUACUUUCUAGUUUUUUACUAAGCCAUUACCUUAGAUUUUUUCCUUUGAUUUUUUUUCGAUCUGAAGCAGAAAUUAUUACCAACUAUGGAUUUUGUAAUGCAUCAAAACAAUUUUACGAGCGAAAUGUUAUUAUUUACAAAAAUAUUAUGUAGUGUGCCUGUAGUUAUGUUGCUAUUUUUAUUAUAAAUUUGUAGAUCUUUAGCCUGUAUUUUAUUAUAAAUAUAGACUUAUAUCAAUUAUAAA